GCCUCUCUCCCUCCCAUUUUCUGUCUGUACUUGGUGCUUGUGCAUCGUCUGCUUCUGCUUUUCUUUCGCCUGAGUUUUGUCUUUUACAUCAACGCUCCUCGAGUGCCUCCUGCGUCCAACCAUGCCCAUCUCACAAAUUCGUCAGAGCUUCCACGAUGAAUCCGAAGCCGGCAUCAACAAGCAGAUCAACUUGGAAAUGUACGCCAGCUAUGUAUGCCUUUCAAUGGCAGCCUAUUUCGAAAGAGAUGAUGUAGCUCUGAAGGGGUUUGCCAAGUUCUUCAGGAAGUCCUCACAUGAAGAAAGGGAAUGUGCAGAGAAGCUGAUUCACUAUCAGAACAUGCGAGGUGGGCGAGUUGUUCUCAACCCAAUCGACAAGCCCAGCAAGGACGAAUGGGGAAGUGGACUGGAUGCCAUGAUUGCAGCCCUUGAACUGCAAAAGACUGUGAAUCAGGCAUUUUUGGACUUGCAUGCUGUGGCUGCAAAACAUGCAGAUCCCCAGAUGACUGACUUCCUUGAAGGUAAGUUCUUGGAAGAUAAAGUGGAGACCAUCAAGAAGAUUGGAGAUCAUGUGACCAAUCUCAAGCGCGUUGGCUCUGGGCUGGGUGAAUUCGAGUUUGAUAAAUACCUGGAAAAGGGAAGCUCCUAAAUCUUUUUUUCAAAGCCUUUCUCAAAGACCUUUCUCAACGAUUGAAUAUCUUUCUCUGUUUCAUUUUGUGUGGAUUUCGGGAUUCAGGGUUCUUUCUUACCUCUCCCAUGUCUGAGUCUGUGACCAUUGUCUGUCCUCUAUAUGCAAAGAUGCCGACUUUCUGCUGUUGCAAGCUUUCAUGAUUCUUGAAGCUUUGCUUCCUUUCAGUUAAAAGGGGUCUUAUUUGUGUUAACUCAGUUUCUCACCUUUUGUCAUUUUGUUGUGGCUCUGGUUGGAGUGUGAGGAGAAAAGAACGUGAAAUCUGGUGCUUGUGGAUUCUAGUUUACUUCUAGAGUACAACCGGUACCAUGUACACGUUUGAAAUGACAACCCCCCAGUAUUGCAGUGGAAAUUUAGGCGCUCAUGUUGCAUUGCAUUCCAGUGUAUUACUAUAAAUGUGUGUGGUUACAUGCAUGUUUAUGCGUGUGUGUAAGGAGCUGGGAGUUAUUCAUGGCACUGAAAGGAAAAUGAAUCCUGUCUUGUGAUCUGUCUCUCCAAUACCUUAGGCUUCUUCACUCCUCUGUUCUGGUUUUUUAAAUUGCCCCGGGUUUGCUUUCUAAUUCAAUCAGUUCAUU